AAUUUUUUUUAAAGGGGAAGAAACAAUAUGACACACAUUCUCCCGGCGCGUGGAGGAACAUGUAAAUCCCAUUGACAUCUGAUCCAGUGGGAGAUCGCCCCAUCCUUCCUUUGCCAUGGACUCUCCUGCUUUCACCUCCCCCACUCCUGUGGCUUCGGAGGGGAACAUCUCCACCAGCUGGGCAAGUUCCAUCCUGGGGAACCUAUCCACAACUGCCAGCCCGGGCAUGGAUGUCAGCGGAGUCCUCAUCCCGCUGGUCUACCUCAUUGUCUGCGUGGUUGGGCUGGUUGGGAACUCCCUGGUCAUCUACGUGGUCCUGCGCCACUCGGUGAGCGAAUCGGUGACCAAUGUCUAUAUCCUCAACCUGGCGCUGGCGGAUGAGCUGUUCAUGCUGGGGCUGCCCUUCCUGGCUGCACAGAACGCACUCUCCUACUGGCCCUUCGGCUCCUUCAUGUGCCGCCUGGUGAUGGCCGUGGAUGCCAUAAACCAGUUCACCAGCAUCUUCUGCCUGACUGUGAUGAGCGUCGACCGCUACCUGGCCGUGGUGCACCCAGGGAAAUCGUCAAAGUGGCGGACGGCCCGCGUGGCCAAGGCCGUUAGCGCCACGGUGUGGGUGCUGUCGUCAGUGGUGGUGCUGCCAGUGGUGGUGUUCUCGAACGUCCCCUUGGGGAUGAGCACCUGCCACAUCCAGUGGCCUGAGCCAGCCUCCAUGUGGAGAGCUGGCUUUAUCAUCUACACGGCCGCGCUGGGCUUCUUUGGGCCACUGCUGGUGAUCUGCCUCUGCUACCUGCUCAUCGUUGUCAAGGUCCGCUCUUCCGGCCGGAGGGUGCGGGCCCUUUCGUCCAAGCGCAAGCGGUCAGAGCGCAGGGUCACUCGCAUGGUGGUGGCCGUGGUGGCCGUCUUCGUGCUCUGCUGGCUUCCCUUCUACGUGCUCAACAUCAUCAACGUGGUCUGCCCAUUGCCCGAGGAGCCGUCUCUCUUCGGGGUCUACUUCCUCGUCGUGGUGCUCCCCUACGCCAACAGCUGCGCCAACCCCAUCAUCUAUGGCUUCCUCUCCUACCGGUUCAAGCAGGGUUUCCGCAGGGCCAUCCUGAGGCCGUCCCGCCGGGUGCAGAGCCAGGAGGUGGUGGCCCGUCCCCCAGAGAAGACUGAAGAGGAGGAAGAGGAAGAGGAGGAGGAGGAAGCGGAGGACAGCGGGGUCAGCAAGAUUGCCCAGAAUGGCAAUGGCAGACAGGAGUGUCCCCUGACCAGUGGAGCAGCAGGAGGCAGUGAGCAGAAGCCGCUCCCGGAGGAGCCCGGGAGCUGUGAUAAACCCAAUGCACUGCACAUCAGUUAUUUGUAG